GACUUACGAAAAGUGCCAUGUCUGUUUGCUUUCUCACUUUACUGUGAGCAAACAGGUGAGGAAGACUGUCAUGUGAAGUCUGCUACGGUAAACGGCUUCUCCCGUACUCGUUAGGCCAGACAUGCAGCUUUAGAGUGCCGGUGGAUAGUUGAGGUUCUGUUCUGUCAGAACCUGUCAGAGGUUGUGCGCAAGUUCUGCAUAUAGAUAAACAGCUGGGCACAGAUCUCUGCUUGUCCGUAAGUGGGACAGAUGAGGCAGACGGCUAGAUUUUACAAUAUAAUGGAACAGCAGAGACUAUUUGACUACGCACCUGAGUGAAAGACUGAAAAAGUUGUCAACCAUGGAGUUUCUGAGGAGCCUGGUUCCAGCUGUCAUCUCAGGUGAGGGGGCAACAGAAAAUGCUGGGGCGCUGCCCAGAGACACGGGUCCACGUCUUCUUCGCAUGAAGCGAAUGGGCCUGCUUUCCAUGGGGCAGACCAUUGAAGAAGAUCCAGUGACUGAGACAGACUCAGAGGUUGCCUCCUCCAGACCUGCUCGCACUAACCGACCCCGACUCAAAGCUUCUGUGCCAGUCAGCAGCAGCGUGAGUAGACGCCGUGCCCCUGCCUCUGUGACUUCCCAGUCGUGGGAGAAACACAACAUUGCCGUCAUGUCGAGCAUUACUGUUGACCCCGAGCUCAAGCCUGGGGAGUUUGUCAUCAAGAGCCUGUUUGCAGAGUUUGCUGUUUUGGCUGAGAAGAAGAUUGAGACAGUGAUGGCUGAACCCCUGGAGAAAACCCUGUCGCGGUCCCUCCAGAGAGGCGAAGAUGCACAGUUUGACCAGUUAAUAAGCUCUAUGAGCUCAAUAGCAGAACACUGUUUGCCCUCCCUACUGCGCACACUGUUUGAUUGGUACCGGCGGCAGAGUGGUACUGAAGAUGAGUCUUAUGAGUACAGGCCUCGCUCCAGUACUAAGUCCAAAGGAGAUGAACAGCACCGGGAUAAAGAUUACCUUCUGGAACGGAGGGAUUUAGCCAUAGAUUUCAUUUUUUGUUUAGUUUUAGUGGAAGUUCUAAAGCAGAUUCCUCUUCAUCCAGUGCCAGAUGUUUCAGUACACGAAGUUCUAAACCUGGCAUUCAAGCACUUUAAACACAAGGAGGGAUACUGUGGCCCCAACACUGGCAAUGUUCACAUCAUUGCAGAUUUGUAUGCUGAGGUUAUUGGAGUCCUCACACAGUCAAAAUUUCAGGCAGUGAGGAAGAAAUUCAUCACAGAACUGAAGGAGCUCAGACAAAAAGAACAGAGUCCCUAUGUGGUCCAGAGCAUCAUUAGUCUCAUCAUGGGCAUGAAAUUCUUCCGGGUUAAAAUGUAUCCUGUGGAGGAUUUUGAGGCUUCUUUCCAGUUCAUGCAGGAGUGUGCCCAGUAUUUUCUGGAAGUUAAGGAUAAGGACAUAAAGCACGCUCUAGCUGGCCUUUUUGUUGAGAUCCUCAUCCCUGUCGCUGCGGCUGUGAAAAAUGAAGUCAACGUGCCAUGUCUGAAGAACUUUGUGGAGAUGCUGUAUCAGACAACGUCCGACCUGAGUUCCAGAAAGAAGCACUCUUUGGCUCUGUAUCCCUUGGUGACAUGCCUGCUGUGUGUUAGUCAGAAGCAGUUCUUCCUCAACAACUGGCACAUCUUCCUCCAGAACUGCCUUUCACACCUUAAGAUGCCGUCUAACAACAGCAUCCGAAAGCAGAUUGAGACGCUGCAGAACAAAGACCCCAAAAUGUCCCGUGUAGCACUGGAGUCACUCUACAGACUGCUCUGGGUCUACAUCAUCAGGAUCAAGUGUGAGAGUAAUACUGUCACACAGAGUCGGCUGCUCAGCAUUGUUUCAGCACUUUUCCCUAAAGGCUCACGCAGCGUGGUGCCAAGGGACACGCCUCUGAACAUCUUUGUCAAGAUCAUCCAGUUCAUAGCUCAGGAAAGACUGGACUUUGCUAUGAAAGAGAUUAUCUAUGACCUCCUCUGUGUGGGCAAGUCUCACAAAACCUUUACCAUCAAUCCAGAGAGGAUGAAUAUUGGAUUGCGAGCCUUUUUGGUAAUCGCUGACAGCCUACAGCAGAAAGAUGGGGAGCCUCCCAUGCCUACGACAGGAAUCAUCAUGCCUUCUGGCAACACCAUGCGUGUCAAAAAAAUCUUCCUUAACACCACUCUCACAGACGAGGAAGCCAAGGUUAUAGGCAUGUCACUGUAUUACCCACAAGUAAGGAAGGCCUUAGACAACAUUCUUCGACACUUGGACAAGGAGGUGGGACGCUCCAUGAGUAUGACAAGUGUACAGAUGUCUAACAAGGAGCCUGAGGACAUGAUAACGGGAGAAAGGAAGCCAAAGAUCGAUUUGUUUCGUACGUGUGUGGCUGCCAUCCCCAGACUGAUACCAGAUGGCAUGAGCAGACAAGAUCUAAUAGAGCUUCUAGCCAAACUGACCAUCCACAUGGAUGAGGAGCUACGUCUCCUUGCCUAUGCAACUCUUCAGGCGCUGAUGAUGAAUUUCUCAGAGUGGCGGGAAGAUGUGCUCUCAGGCUUUGUCUAUUUCAUUGUUCGAGAGGUGACCGACAUCCACCCUACCCUGUUGGACAGUGCUGUCAAGAUGCUACUACAGCUCAUGGGCCAGUGGAAACAGGCACUGUCAGGCAAUAAAAGCCAUGAUACACAGGCUUCAGGCGCAGGCCAUCCUCUGUGUCUGGAACGAAAUCAUCCGUUAGGUGUGCUUCACGUGGUGGAAGGUUUAGCCCUGGUGUUGCUAUGUAGCUGUCGCCCUGCAACGCGCAGGCUGGCUGUUACUGUGCUGAAAGAGGUCCGUGCACUACACUCUGCAUUGGGCAUUGGAAAGGGGGAUGAAGAGUUGGCUAUUGAUGUAAUGGACAGGUUAAGUGCAUCGGUGUUGGAGAGUUUCAUUCAUCUCACUGGAGCUGACCAGACGAACCUGCUGUAUUGUCCGAGUGGGAUUGAUCUCCAGGCACUAGCUGAGUGGAGCUCAUCUCCUAUCAGCCACCAGUUUGAUGUGGUGAGCCCCUCGCACAUCUGGGUUUUUGCCCACGUCACUCAGGGCCAGGACCCCUGGGUCAUCAGCUUCUCCAGUUACUUGCGACAGGAGAACCUUUCCAAACAUUGCCCCACUGCUCUUAACUACGCUUGGAUGUUUGCCUACACUCGUCUACAACUACUUUCUCCACAAGUUGACAUCAACAGCCCCAUCAAUGCCAAAAAAGUAAACAGUCUUAACAGCAGUGACUCCUACAUUGGCCUUUGGAGGAACUACCUGAUCCUCUGCUGCAGCUCUGCCUCCUCCUCUUCAAUGACUUCCUCAUCCUCUGCUUCUGGCUCCGUCCGCUGCUCCCCGCCUGAGACGCUGGCGUCUACGCCGGACAGUAGCUACAGCUAUGAUUCAAAGAUUGUUGGCACUCCGUCCCCCUCCUCCCUGUUUAAACACAUUGUUCCUAUGAUGCGCUCUGAGAGCAUGGACAUCACAGAGUCUCUUGUGCUGGGGCUUGGCAGGACCAACCCCAUGGCCUUUAGAGAGUUGAUGGAGGAACUAAAUCCCAUCAUAAAAGAGGCGCUAGAAAGAAGACCUGAAAACAUGAAACGGCGCAGGCGUCGUGACAUCCUCAGGGUCCAGCUGGUCCGGAUAUUUGAGCUGCUCGCUGAUGCUGGUGUCAUCAGUCAGAUAGCCAGUGGAGGGUUAGAUGGAGAAAGCCAUUCUCUAAACGGCACAUUGCUCGAGUAUGUUGAUCUGACUAGGCAGCUGCUCGAAGCUGAAAAUGACAAGGACUCUGACACGCUGAAGGACAUUCGCUGUCACUUCAGUGCACUUGUAGCUAAUAUCAUACAGAAUGUGUCAGUGCAUCAGAGGAGGACCAUCUUUCCACAGCAGUCACUGCGACACAGUCUGUUCAUGCUGUUCAGUCACUGGGCUGGGCCCUUCAGCAUCAUGUUCACUCCUUUGGACCGCUACAGUGACAGAAAUAUGCAGAUCAACCGCCAUCAGUACUGUGCACUAAAGGCCAUGUCAGCGGUGUUGUGUUGUGGACCUGUAGCUGAUAAUGUUGGCUUAUCUUCUGAUGGCUACCUUUACAAGUGGCUGGACAACAUCUUGGAUUCUCAGGACAAGAAGGUUCACCAGCUGGGUUGUGAGGCUGUGAUGCUGCUGCUGGAGCUAAAUCCAGACCAGAGCAACCUUAUGUUUUGGGCUGUGGACCGGUGUUACACUGGUUCUCGACGUGUGGCUGCUGGCUGCUUUAGGGCGAUCGCUAAUGUCUUUCAUAACAGGGAUUACCAAUUUGACACUGUGGUGCUGCUUAACCUGAUUCUGUUUAAGGCGGCAGAUUCUUCCAGAGACAUUUAUGAGGUGGCCAUGCAACUGUUACAGAUCCUGGAACCCAAGCUCUUUCGCUAUGCCCACAAACUGGAGAUCCUGCGAACAGAUGGCAUCUUGACCCCUCCCUCACCGCUGCCUCACCUAUAUUCAGUGUCUUACUACCAGCUGUCUGAAGAGCUUGCGAGAACUUACCCAGAGCUCACUUUGCCCAUCUUCUCAGAGGUGAGCCAGCGAAUCCAGACAGCCCAUCCUGGCGGUCGUCAAGUAAUGUUGCACUACCUCCUACCGUGGAUGAACAACGUGGAGCUGGUGGACUUCAAACCAACUGUACGGCGAGCAGAGGAUUGUGGAAGUGUUGAGGAUGAGGAGGAUGCACAUGAACGGGAGAUCAUGAUGGUCAACAGCCGGCGCUGGCUCCGUGGAGAAGGCUGGGGCUCCCCUCGUGCAACAACCAUGGUGCUAAACAACCUCAUGUUCAUGACCGCUAAGUAUGGAGAUGAGUUUGCUUGGUCAGAGAUAGAGAAUGUCUGGACCACGUUGGCAGACAGCUGGCCAAAGAACCUGAAAAUCAUUCUGCACUUUCUCAUCAGUAUGUCAGGAGUCAACAGUGACCCCAGCCUACUGCCCUAUGUGAAACGGGUGGUGGUUUACUUGGGCAGAGAUAAGACUAUGCAGCUGCUGGAGGAGUUGAUGUGUGAGCUUGAGUUGACUGAUCCUGUUAGCUCAGCUGUUACUCACAUGGACAACCCACCCUACUAUCGCAUCACUUCCAGCUACAAGAUCCCCUCAGUCACAUCAGGAACUACCUCCAGCAGCAAUACUAUGGUGCCAGAGAACGAUGGUCACCAUGAUAGCAAGGUUAAAGACUCGAACAUGGAGGACAGUUACACUCAUCUGGAUAUCUACAGUGGUCUGAAUAGUAACCUAAACCGCCAGCACCAUCGUCUAGAAUCUCGUUACAGCAGCAGCUCUGGAGGCUCCUAUGAAGAAGAGAAGAGUGACUCAAUGCCACUGUAUGCAAACUGGCGCCUGAAAGUGAUGGAUCAUAAUCGGCCAGAGCCUCUUCCUUUCCCUCCAACAGGAGGCUGUUGGUCUCCACUGGUGGACUAUUUGCCUGAGACCAAUACUCCUGCUGUACCACUUCACAGAUGUAACAUUGCAGUCAUCCUACUGACAGACCUCAUUGUGGACCAUGGUGUCAAAGUGGAGUGGAGUGCCUAUUUGCACCUGUUGCUACAUGCUAUUUUUAUAGGGUUUGAUCACCAACAUCCAGAAGUCUACGAGCACUGCAAACGUCUACUGCUUCAUCUGCUAGUUGUCCAGGGGGCGAAUGGCAACGUUCGGUCUGUGGCUAUGGUGCUUUUACGAAACCGAGACUACAAUGAUCCAAGGGUUCUGACUGUGAAGCCUAUUGCUCCAGACCUUAACCUCACAGGAGUGCAGGAGAUGGCGUCAGACUCUCAGCCAUCGCCCAUGACAGACUCGGGCCUCAGCACGAGUUCCACAUCCUCUAGUAUAAGUCUGGGGGCAGGGGGCACAGCUCUGUCACAUCUCUCCCCUCCACUGUUCAGUGAGGUAGAUGUCAGUGUUGAACAGGACGAGAAGGCCAAAGCUCUUAUUGAGUUCAUUACAUCAAGAAAGCGAGGCCCACUGUGGAACCAUGAGGAUGUGUCUCCCAAAAACCCCAACAUAAAGAGCGCUGACCAGCUGAGCGUCUUUGUGAGACAUGUAAUGACUGUUUUCAGGCAUUCACCCUCAGGUUUCCCGCUGGAGUCGUUGCUGAGUGAAAUAGCUCUCCGAACAGCUCUGUCUUGUUGUUGUCGCCACUACGCUGGCCGUUCCUUCCAGAUUUUCAGGGCACUCAAACAACCUCUGACUCCUGCCACGCUGUCUGACAUUUUGUCUCGGCUAGUAGAGACUGUAGGAGACCCAGGAGAGGAGGCUCAGGGCUUCGUCAUUGAACUGCUUCUGACGUUGGAGGCAGGAAUUGACACACUAGCAGACACGAUGAAAAACUACGACCUCCUCACUGCUUUAGCACAAACUUCUACACGUGAUCAUUUGCUGGGGCCUAAGUUUGCUUCCAACAGGAAAAGCACAGGGCAGCUGAAUAUGAACAGUGGUGGUCUAUUCCAUUACGUCCAUAAUCGCAGCAGCUCCCUCCGUGCUAGCCUGAUGGGUGAACGAAAAACAGACAGACGUAGGAGCAACACCCUCGACAUAGCAGACAGACUCUGCGGUAGCCACGGAAACCUGGCACGUACGCGAAGCUUAUCGUCACUUGGUGGAGGAGGGAGUCCAGGAGGGGAUGCCGUACCCCCCGUAGACCCUUCAAACCUGAUGGCCACUGUGUUCUGGAUUGCCGCCUCUUUGUUGGAGUCGGACUACGAGUUUGAGUACCUGCUGGCUUUGCGUCUGCUGAACAAGCUUCUGGGCCAGCUGCCUCUAGAUCGUGCUGAUAGCAGAGAGCGUCUGGAGAAGGUCCAAGCCAAGCUGAAGUGGUACAGCUUCCCCGGCCUGCUGCAGCUCUUCCUGAAGGGCUUCACCUCUGCUUCUACUCAGGAGCUCACCAUCCACCUGCUCAGCAAACUCAUCAGUGUCUCCAGGCAUACAUUAGUAGACCCUUCACAAGUAGCAGGUUUUCCUUUAAAUGUCCUGUGCCUCCUGCCACACCUUAUCCUGCACUUCGACAGCCCAACUUCUUUCUGUAAGGAGACAGCAGAUAAAAUAGCCAAGGUUUGCACAGACGAAAAGUCCGCCACACUUUCCAACCUGGCCCACAUGAUGAGUCUGUACAGCACACACAGCUAUUCUCGCGAUUGCACCAACUGGAUCAACGUGGUCUGUCGUUACCUCCAUGAUGCCUUUGCUGCCAUAACGUUGAACUUGGUCACUUACUUAGCUGAGUUGCUGGAAAAGGGCCUUCCCAGCAUGCAACAGUCUUUAUUGCAGAUCAUCUACAGCCUGCUAAGUCACGUUGAUCUAUCAGCAGCUCCAGUCAAACAAUUCAACCUGGAGAUCAUGAAGAUCAUUGGCAAAUACGUUCAGAGCCAGCAUUGGAAGGCGGCUCAAAACAUCCUGAAGCUGGUGGUGUCUCGCUCAGCAAGCCUUGCUGUUCCAGAUGAUGUGCAGCACUCUUACAGCACCGAAUCAUGUGGCUCUCCAGAAAUCGCCUUUACUCGUAUAUUCAAUAAUUCUUCUAAGGAGCUGCCUGGCAAAACGCUGGACUUCCACUUUGACAUCUCAGAAACACCAAUCAUAGGGCAUAAAUAUGGUGAUCAGCGCACCGCAGCGAGCAGGAAUGGAAAGCCGCAAGUGAUUGCUGUAACUAGGAGCACCUCCUCCACAUCAUCAGGCUCCAACUCCAAUGGUUUAGUGCCAGUAAGCUGGAAGAGGCCUCAACUCUCUCAGAGACGAACCAGAGAGAGGCUGAUGAACGUCCUGUCUCUUUGUGGCCCUGAGUCUGGCAUUCCCAAAAAUCCAUCUGUAAGACUCCUCUCCUACUCUAAAGCCUCAGACAAGGUGGUAUUCUCAUCCAGUGAGGACCUGGACUCUACCGACCAGCAAACCAGUCUCAUACCAACAGUAGAGGAGGUGGUAAGAGAGGAGGAGAUGCAAGGUGAAGAUACAGGCAGUGAGCAGCAGUUUGGUGUCUUCAAGGACUUUGACUUCUUAGAUGUAGAGUUGGAGGAUGCUGAGGGCGAGAGCAUGGACAAUUUCAACUGGGGUGUGCGCCGUCGCUCCCUGGAAAGCAUGGACAAAGGCGACACGCCGUCAUUGCAGGAGUGCCAGUACACGGGCAGCACACCAAGCCUCAACCUAACCAACCACGAGGACACAGAUGAAUCAUCUGAGGAGGAGGUACUGAGUGCUAGCCAGAUUCUCACCCGCUCCGGCCUUCUCAACAGUGACUCUGCUACAGAUGACACCACAUCCAACCAUGUGGACUCCUUGCAACAAUCCCAAGAAUCAUCCAGCAGUGCCCUGACUGAGGAGGCCAGCGUCCUACCCUCUCUGCCGUCACUUCGGCUGGAUAGUCCCAUGUUGGAGAGGGCCCACUCAGACAGCGCCAGCAGCCAGCUGCCUGAGGAUGCUGUGAGCGUGACUGCUGCAGAUGAACUGAGCAGCAGUGUGAGUGAAGAUACUGGGUUUUGCAGUGCCCCCCCUCUUCCCUCUGACCCUACCGAGCUGUGCGACCUUACAGACCCUCAGGAUCCUCCAGAUUCUCAGGGCACUCAGGACCCCCACGAGACACAGGACCCUCAGGAGGAACUGGACCCAGCCCCCCCUCCCCCGCCAGCCAUAGAUACUCCACCAGGAUCUCUUAGUGAGGAGGAAGCCCAGACAGUUCUGGCUCUUUCAUUGACAUUGCCAUAUGAGACUCAGCCAGAACCAGAUGCUGAUCCAGACAGCACCUGUGGCUCUGUGUGGGAAGAGGAUGUGACACAAGCCUUGAAGGAGCUGGAUGAGCGCUGUGAAGAAGAGGAGGCUGACUUCUCUGGCAUGUCCAGUCAAGAUGAAGGUGACGCAGACUGCUUCCCAGAGAUUCAGGCCUCUCCGCCCCCUUCGCCCUUCCUCUCUGCCAUUCUGGCAGCAUUCCAGCCUGUUGCCUACGACAAUGAGGAAGAUGCCUGGCGUUGCCAUGUCAACCAGAUGCUGUCAGAUACAGAUGGCUCGUCUGCUGUUUACACGUUCCACGUGUUCUCCCGGCUCUUUCAGAGCAUUCAGAUGAAAUUUGGCUCUAUUACACACGCAUCUGUUCGCUUUCUCGGGGAAAGGCUCCAGCGAAUGGGUAAUCAGUUCCUCAGCUCCUUGGAAGUCAUGACGUCUCGCUCUCAGUGCCCCACUGUGCUGCUGGAUGCAGAGACGCUGGUCUCUUGUGGACUAUUGGAGACUCUGAAGUUUAGUGUACUGGAGUUGCAGGAGCACCUGGACACCUACAACGCAAAAAGAGAAGCAGCAGAGCUUUGGCUGGAGAACUGCAGGAAAACAUUUGGGGACAAAGACAGCAACCAACAACUCAAUACUCACGCACAGCAAAUGGAAAAUCUAGCAGAGUUGGAGUUAUGUCGCAGGCUUUACAAGUUGCACUUUCAGCUGCUGCUGCUCUUCCAGGCCUAUUGCAAGCUCAUCAGCAAGGUGGACACCAUGAAGAGGGAGGCAGAGGUGACCAACAUGUCGGAGGAACUCACUAUCCUGGAGAGCUGUUUAAAGGAGGCAGAAACAGGAAAUGACUGUCAGGAGGAUGUGUGUAUGUCUGACACUGCCCAGACCAACACAGAGAUGGCCAUCCAGUCCCUGAUUGAGAGUCUGAGAGCCAGAGACUUCAGCUCUGCCAUCACACAGGUCAAAGCCUUUAGGUCUUUGUGGCCCAACGACAUCUUUGGCAAUGAGACCGACAAUGCAGUCCAGACCCUUCUGCACAUCUACUUCCGUCACCAGACGCUGGGGCAGACGGGCUGCCUGGCAGUGGUAGGCCCCAGCAGAGAUCUGUCACAGGCCAGCAGCCGCCUCAUGGAGCUCAACCUGCAGAUUCGAGAGGCUCUAAGUCAGGCGCAGGCCUGCCAACCUCACACCACCAUGGUCAGCACUGGACUGUGAGCCUGUGUCCUACAGGCAACUGGAGUGGACUAGUCUGGAUACAAAUGAACCCCCCUGCUCGCCUCAGCUCAGGAGAGAGGCAGACAGUGAGGGUUCCCGAAGGAGGAUGAGACACUUCAACUUAAAGGGCUAAAGGAUGUGUGGGAAUAACUGUGACUGUGUAUUGUUACAUGUAUGAAUGCUUAAAGCUUCUAUCUUUUCCCAGACAAAGCCAACUUGCAAAAUUCAGUUGCAAUAAGUUGUGUGGUGAUGUGCCUGGGAAGGAAUAAACAAGGCCGCAGUGGGAUGUUACCUUUUUUGUUUUCUUUUUGCUCGAUCUGACCUGAUGGGCCGAGUGUACAGACCAGUGGCUCCGCUGGGCCUCAGCUGGGAGAUUGCAUAAGCGCAUGCAAGGACACAGCAUCAGGAUCCACGAGCAAACAGAAAAAUCUUGUUUAAAACUGUUCGAAACGCAUGCUUUAAAGAGAAAAGCACUGCAAGAAUAUUUUUGAGAAAUGUAUUUUUAUUAGAGCUAACAUCCUAGGUUGUAAAUGUUAGGAUAUUUAACAUGUAAUUGUAACCCUGUGGCACAUGGUUGCUUUUGGGGGGUGUAAAAAGAGAAAUACAUUUAUUGAUCUGCUCUGGGAGGAGAGUCGCCUUCAAGCAAAACUCACUCUUUAACCAAAUAAGUAUAUGCCUUUAGAGACUCUUGACUGUGUGACAUAUUGGAUAUUCUGGUAUACACACAAUGCAUAUAAUUGCACAAAAGUGCAGACUGGCUACAGCUCAUUAUGGAAACAUAACUUAUUUUACUCUGUAUAUAUUUUAGAAAAUGUAUAGUGUAAAACCAGUAUUUUUCCCUUGUACUUUUGUGUAAUGCACUGUUCAUUCAAACAGGAUGUAUGUAUAAAGCUGAUGCGAUGAGAUAAAUCUAACAGAGUUGAGUCAAUAAUAAUCCGCUCCAUCUUUUUCAUUGGAUCACAAACAUUUUCCAAAGGCUGCCUUGGUUGUUGGUCGGGGUCUCACACACGGCACAGAGGCUCAUUUGGGACAAACCGCCUAUCUGCCUUGCAGAGGCAGUGGCUUGGGAGAUCUGAUGUAGCCUCCAUCAGCUGUGGGACCACACCAGUCCACAUCAUGCAUUCCUUCUUUCCACUGGGAUGUUUGUUUGCAAAGCCUCAUGAAGGGAGAGGCUGAUCAUUGCACCACUUAACCGCUGCCACGUUUUGAUUCUUUCUUUUAGGUAAAAUGGCUGAUGCUGGAGCUGCUAUUUCAGAAAGGCCCCACCAGCUGCUGUUACUGCAGGACAUGAACCAAUAUCUGAAUGCUUUCUGGAACCUUGUCAUGGCACAUUGUAACCAUCACUGUACUCAUUCCUCACCAAUCUCUCCCCUGCUUGUCUGGUACAUUUGAAUGCUGUUAUUUAAUAAAUAUUUACCUGGAA